CUCCCAGACUCACGGUUGCAAUAGAACAGAGAACCCCUGUUCGCCAUUCUACACCAAAUAAUGCAUCUGGGCAAACUCCACGCAUUGCAAAGGAUCUUUCCGACUUGUUUCUAUCGCCGCAUAAGACUGGCGCUGGAAACACAAACAUCGGAAGUCCUCAAAAAGGAGGCCACCUCAAACGCAUGCUCUCCAAGUCAAAGACAGAAUCAGCCUUGGAAGGCACAUCUACACCCUCUCGUGAAUUAUUUCCCAAUAAAUCUGUGUCGACACCUUUCACCUCUCCUCAGAAGAACUCAGGGUCCUUGGAUUUCUCCAAUAAUGCGGGGAUUUCUCCAUUCAUUCUUGACCUACCGCAAAAGGAUCGUACACCUUCACCCCCACCUAAUCAAUCGAGGUCCCCACAGCGACCAGGGAAAACCUAUUCCAAAUCCCGUUCCUUCCUCAUCGAAAUACCCCGCGAUAAAAAUGAAAUGGAUCUAGACAAACAUAAAGCAGAGAUAAAUGGAGAAGAAAGUCCGGAUUUGGAUGACCUCGACGUCCAUCGAGAAUCGUAUAGCGAGCUACGUUCGCGCUGGGGCGUGGACGAUUCUGAGAACGAUCCACUAUUGAACGUGCCGAUCAACGAGCUCAAUAGCAUAGGAGAGAUGCGUUCAAAAGGAGAAACAAGGCGAUUCCUUGAUGAAGUUAGCUACUUGCUUGAUGGCCUGAAGCCUAAUGCCCCGAACGGAAGUAAAGGUGCAAGACGAGCGAGUGCUAUGGAAAUCAUUUCCAAGAUGA